CUAAAGCUCAGGAUAUAGAUAUGAUAGAGGCAAUAGAAAGUAAAAGUGAAAAAACCUCUAAUCUAAUAGAAAUUGUAAGUAAAUUAUCUGUAAAUGGUGAAUCUAAAAAAGUACAAGAUUUAAUAAAAGAACUGUUUAUAUCUCGUGAACCAAAUGAUAAUAAUGACAAAAAAAAUAAAAUCAGGAAAUUGAACCUAAAAACUUUAUUCCAGUUAUACUAUAAUACAAGCCAAGCAGAAAAACAUAUAACCCGAGCCUACCAAGAAGAAAUUAGAUGUUGGUACCUAUUUGCUGAAAAAUUUAAAGAAAAGGUUAAAGAAAUUAAAAAUAAUAACAGUAGGUUUAAUAAUCAACAAGCUAAAGGAACAAAUUCAAAUAAUAAAGGUGAAUAUUAUCUAGACCUUAAAAUUCAAAUAAAGGGCAAAAAAGUAUAUAAAGACUGGUCCCUCAAGAAAGUUUUGAAGAAAAUAUAUAAUGAUGCAUUUGAGUCUAUCGAAUCAAUGCCGAUAUUUGAAAUAGAAAAAAUUUUCAAAUUAAACCCUCCACUUAAUGAUAAUGAUUUAAAAUAUUUUGAAGACAAUCUUUGA